AUGGCGGAGCGUCAAAAUGAAAAGUUUGAUGAGGGGAGUGAGGAUGUGGAUAUGAACUGCACGAGUACUCCAGCUGAGCUUUCUCAAGGAACCAAAAGACCAUUAGACAGAAACCCAAGCCCAGAACCUCCACCAAAGUCUCCUCGCACUUCAUGUUCCGACUUGGUCGUCCCUCCAUUGGAAGCAGAACAACCAGAUGACCAAAAGCCAAUCUCUGCAGAGGUAGAGGAAAAGAAAGAGACGAUGGCGGCUGAGGUUACAGCUCCUGAUGUUAGCCCUCGCUCGCGUAGGAAAUCUUGGAGGAGGUCGACAAGAGGCAGGAGGUCACUGCCUGCCCUUCCCAACACCUCCCAGUCUCUGUGUAAAUCAAUCAGCUCAGAUCUAAGUGAUGACGAGAGGCUGGAAAAACUCAUGGAAGCUGCAAUGCAGUUUACAGUUAAGAGACUACAGAACACUCUGCUUACUCUCCCUGGUGCUGAUAUGGAGUCAUUUCAGACACAAGUUAAUUCCUUGCAGAAGGAGUGGAAUAUUCUAGCUAAAACCAUUAGUGAAGAAAAUUUGGUUUCAUCUUCAGGUACUAGCAGUGAUCCUGCGGUUCAAAGAUCUGUUGAGCGCACAAAGGAGGCCCUCAGCAGGUUGCAGGCAGAGAGUUCCUCUUGGGAAGCCCUGCUACAAAAACAUCGCUGCAGAGCAGAGGAACUGGCCAAGCAGGUGGAGCUGGGAAAGGAAAAGGGUGUGACACUGAACCCCUCUGUCGAACAGUCAUCACAGAGCAAACUUAUCCUGAGUAAACCUGAUUACCAAGCAGUGCUGCACAGACAGCAGAGAGUUCUCAGAAAUAUGGAGCUGGUGUUGGAUUCGCAGUGUAUGAUGAUGAGGGGGCUGUUAUCCUUCCAAGAGCAUUCUCAAUCACUGGUCAAGGAGACUAGCUCCAGAUUAGCUGAGACCGCUGGAUUGCAAGAUCUGCCGCCAUCCCCAGUGAGACAGCUCCUAAACGGCCCAAAGUCUGCUACAUCUUCCUAAUUAUGAUGGCUGGACUGAUCCACAGCAGACUGUGUGCGUGUGGGUGUCACACGGCUCCCAAUGUUUUUGCAACAUGGGUUCAAACCUUGCCUUGGGUCACCGUUUUAUCCAGGUAUUUCAACCCGGAAUGAACUUGCUGAUGUGUUUAUAAAUUGCCACCUUAAAAAAGAGACUUUACAUUAAUCUGAUGUUUCAUUCAUAUGAAAUUAGAAGAACUGAGGUGACCUUAACAAAUAAAUGUGUUGUCCAAAUGUCUCUUAUUUUUGAUGUUUUUUUGUACCUGUUAGACUUUAGCACUAGAAUUAUGAUACACAUUACUGUUCUGUUCUAAUCCUUUUUUCAUUUAAUUAAUUAAAUAAAACACAUUUUCUGUUUCAUGUAAAAUAAUUGAAUCUUUUGGAUAGUAAUUGAU